UGCUAGCAAGCAAGUAAAUUGUUUAAAAAAAUCACAAUAGUUGGAAAUAUUUGUGCAAACUAAAAUGUUUGCCUUACUUAAUAGCGUGCGUAAAUUAAAUUUGCCCCUGGUACGCCACCAUGGACAUCCAGGUGGCAUUCCUGGCUUGAAUAUGCCCUUUCGUAAAGGCAUGGAGUCUCCCAUACGGUUUACUAUAUUUUUUGUAGUACUGAGUGUUAUAGGAUUUGGUGCCCCUUGUUUGGUUUUCCGUCACCAGAUGAUGCGCACUGUUACUUAUGAGGAAAAGCCCCCGGAGGAGUAAGACUCUAAAUGGGCAUCCAAAAAUCACAUCAGAAAGAGGAAGACGCUUAAUAGACAUCCAAAAAUCACAUUAAAUAUACAAAUAAAACUGGGGAGAGAAAUGUA